AUGGCGGGCUACACCGUCAAGAAGGCGCUCUCCGACGCCUGCUACUUCGCCCGCCGCCUGUUCCUCUCCACCGGCAAGGCGGCCUGGAUCUUCGGCACGACCUUCCUGAUCGUCGUCAUGCCCGUCAUCGUCGAGGUGGACAAGGAGCAGCAGGCAAUGGAGUUGGAGAACCAGCAGCUGGGCGUGCUCACGACGCCAGGGUCCAGCGGGUCCAGCUCCCAGUCAGCCGCCGCCGCCAAGUGA